AUGUUCAAGCGCCUUGUCACCGUUGCUCCCCGCGUCGGCUCCAUCGCCACUCGCAGCACUCUCUCUCCCCUCUCUAGCCUGCAAUCCGCCCAACCCGCCAUCCGCACUGCUGCUCCUGCCCCAGCUCAACAGCGCCGCGGAUACCACGAGAAGGUCCUGGACCACUACAACAACCCCCGCAAUGUCGGUUCCAUGCAAAAGGGCGACCAGGACGUCGGUACCGGUCUCGUCGGUGCGCCCGCCUGUGGCGAUGUCAUGAAGCUGCAGAUCCGCGUCAACAAGGAAUCCGGCCGUAUCGACGACGUCGUCUUCAAGACCUUCGGCUGCGGUAGCGCCAUCGCUUCUUCUAGUUAUUUGACCGAGCUCGUCCGCGGCAUGACCCUCGACGAGGCCGGCAAGAUCAAGAAUACCGAUGUGGCGAAGGAGUUGUGUCUCCCUCCCGUCAAGCUGCACUGCUCCAUGCUCGCUGAGGAUGCUAUCAAGUCCGCUAUCGCCAACUACUACACCAAGAACCCCAACACCCGCACUACAGAUCUGUCCGGUACCGGCGGUGUCAUUCCCGACGUGAAGGUCGAGAGCGCUGGUAGCCCCGCUGCCGCUAUUUAA